AUACAGAAAAGAUUAAAAGCACUCAUCGCUUCGGUUAAAAUCAGACAAAGUAAUGUACACGGACAGUGAUUAAUUGGUCGUCUAUUAUCUAAAAAAGUUUCUGAAGAAUAUUGGAUUCCACUACCGUGGAUAUACUACCUACAAAACCUAAUAAUACAAAAGAGGGAGACUUGCUUGAUCAAGAUGGAAAGAUUUUAUCCAAACGAAUGCUGCGUCUGUAAAUCCGCCAACAACAUAAAAAGAUGCGCCCGUUGUCAGAUGAUAUCCUAUUGUGGAAAGGAUCAUCAAAAUGAGCAUUGGAAAUACCACAAGGACAUAUGCAAUGUGAUAUCCACCAUGAUGAAUGAACAAAAAGUCUCUCAUCUUUUCGAAAAAUUACGUGGUUCUGAUUCUUCAACCUGGAUUCAAAGAAGAAAGAAAAUAGCUGAGAAAGUUCAAGCAAAAUUGGGUAGAUCCUUUCGCUCAGAGGAGGUUGGAAUGUUUAAAUUUCCACGAGCCUGUUUCGUUUGCCACGACACCAGACCAGACAAACUGAAAAAAUGCCCUGGCUGUUCAUCAGCGAAUUUUUGCAGCAAGCAUCCCACGAGCCUAAUCCACGAUAGAAUCUGUUCAAUAAUAAAAAAUCGUUUAGAUUUGAUAACGCAAAAGGAGCAGUGGGAUCCAAGGACAUUAAAAUCAGCUAUAGAGGCAAUUGGAGCCGGGACGAUAUUCUCAGAAUCAGGAGACUUACCCACAUCCAUGAGGGAAUUUAUGGAUUUGUAUAUUAAGCCUAAAAUCCCAAUUUCAGAAAACUUGAAAAUCUUUCUAUCGCCUAUCUUCACCUAUUCACUAACGCUCUUCAGCGUUUUACAAAAGCUGAGUGUCCGGUCUUCUGAAAUAGUUCUUCACGUCGACGUUGGCGGCCCCUUUACUACUGCGAUAAUGAAUGGAAAUUGCUGGGAAGUCCUGUUACAUUUUCUCCCCGACACAAAAAUCCUGAAAAUUGUUCAUAUCGAGGGGUCGAUAACCCAUAAAUCUGAGGUUUUUCUUUGUAAGAAAUGUCGAUCCGGAAAGAAAAGAUUGUUUGUAGAGGCAAAUUCGAUUCCCUACGAAAGAUAUUUAACGCAGAGGGAUUAUCAGAAACCAAAUGUAAUUGCAUAUUUGAAUGCCUCACUCCCAGAAAAAGAUAGUUCUACGUGGAAGAUUUGCGAAAUGACAUUCGUGAGAAUGAGCAAAGUCAAUUGCCCAAUGGUUUUCACAGCUCUUAAGGAACGAGGGGCUUUUCUAAUCAGAGAAAUUUUAACAGCUUCCACCACUAAUUUUUUGAUUUUAUAUCACGGAUACAACAACUUUGCCCCUCUAAAUUAUAUCGAGGAACUUGAGGAUGGAAGUAUUUCUCAGUUUUCUCAAUUUAUGAUUAUCUUCAGACAUCAAGAGAUUAAAGAGGCUCAGUUUGCGUCAAAUAAUCCCUCUGAAACUAAAGUCAGCCGUCCUCGCUCAUUUUAUUAUGCAACUGUGUGUCAGGUGUGUCGUUCUCCUAAUCCGAAAGUAACAUGUAACCGUUGCCGGAUGAUUUUUUACUGCGGAAAUAAACAUCGCGAUGAGCAUCAAAUCCAUCACCGGGAUCUUUGCAAGGUGAUUUUGAGCAUGUUGAGUGAAAUGGGGGCUCCCAAUCUUUUCGAUAAAUUGAAAACUGCUGAUCCAGAUUUGUGGCUACGAGCGAGAGUUGAUCUGAUGCGAAAAGCGAAAUUGAAAAUUGGCAGACAGCUUGAAGAAUAUGAGGAGCAGAUGUUUCUUUUCCCGAAAACCUGUAUGGUUUGUCAUGAGAGCGACUUGAGCGUACUCAGGAAUUGCGAAUGUGGGGUAAACCUCUGCAAAAUUCACAAAGGAGAUCCGAAACACCAGAAGCUCUGCAGCGUUCUGACACUAGCUUUCAAACUAAUUACUAGCGAAACAAAACCGGCUUUACACGGACUGUUCUUAAUGCCAGUAGAUAGCGAACGUGUAAAUCUGCCACCUUCAAUGCAAGCCUUUAUAGAUUCGCAUAUAAACUUUCAGAUAAACACAUCGAAUCAAAAAGUCAAGUAUCAGAACAUGGCCACGUCCAACUUUUUAACAGGACCCUUGACUCUGCUUUAUGCUCUUGAAAGAUUAAAUUAUCAAAUUAGCUCUUCCAUGGUGAUUCAUAUAAUUGGAGCCGGUAUUCAGGAUCUCGCGGCUGAGGGUUCCUGGAAAAUUUUCUUAUACUGGUUGACACGUCUGAUCAACUUAAAAAUCGUUUUCAUAGGAACGGAUAUUUCGAAUUGCCUUGAAACUCAACUCGAUACUUCUGAGUCAUUUCCAAUCACAGUUAAAAAUUUAAAAGUGCAGUGUCACGGUCUACGAUAUUAUGAAUAUUUUAAGAGUGAAUCCUUCAUGAAACCGAAUAUCAUUCUGGGUUGCAAUCUCGAUAUUCACGAAAGCGAAUUAGGAAUUUCUGAGUGCACAUGGAAAGAUACAAUUUUGACUUUAAAAAAAGUCGGCGUACCUUUUGUUUUAACGGCAGGGACCAAAGAACGCGCUGAAAAGGAUCACAAAAGGUUUUGCAAACUUUUGGGAAUGUCUGUGCCUUACAAGUUUUGCGAAGUAAACCCCUAUGCCGCAUUAAGUCCUGAGAGGGAUUUUGAAACUGAAGGAGUACGAUAUUCUAACAAACACAUAAUUAUUUAUGAUGGAAAGUACAAAAAAGCGGUAAAAUUGGAGAAAGUAGAAGGGGAUUCUUCGAUUGUGGAAAAUUAUUCUAAAUUGGAAGAGCUUUCAGACUGUCAAAUAAACAGGAUUAAGGCAAAAAGGAAACUGGAAGGAAAUCAUCAAAUGUGGAGACCAUCGGAUAAAAUUCGGAUGACAAAAACCGCCUUAAUUUCGAUAAUUGCGGACAAUUUCCGAAUUGACGAAAACGUCGGACCUGAUGGAUUUCCGAUAUGUUCGGAUAAAAUCCGGGUGGAAAGGGUAAACCUCUACAAAAUUCACAAGGCCGAUCCAAAACAUCAGAAACUAUGCAGCGUUCUGACACUAGCCUUCAAACUAAUUAUCAGCGAAAUAAAACCGGCUUUACACGGAAUGUUCUUAAUGCCAGUAGAGAGCGAACGUGUGAAUCUGCAACCUUCAAUGCAAGACUUCAUAGAUUCGCAUAUAACCUUGCAGAAAAAUACAUUCAAACAAAAAUUAAUGUUUGAGAACAUGGCCACGUCCAACUAUUUAUCGGGACCCUUGACUCUGCUUUAUGCUCUUAAAAGAAUAAAUUAUAAAAUCAGCUCUUCCAUGAGUAAAUUCUUCCUCAAACCGAAUAUCAUUCUGGGCUGCAAUCUCGAUAUCUACCAAAGCGAAUUAGAAAUUUCUUAUUGUACCUGGAAACAUACAAUUUCGUCUGUGAAGAAAGUCGGUGUUCCUUAUAUUUUAACGGCUAAAGACCAAAAUACGUUAAGCAAAAUGAUGGAAAUGUCAGUAGAUUACACGUUUUACGAAGCUAAUCCUUAUGCUGCAUUAAGUCCUGAGAGGGAUUUUAAAACUGAAGGUGUGCGAUAUUCUGCCAAGUACGUCAUUAUUUAUGAUGGAAAGUAA